AUGUUCCUAAAUAGUAUAAUUUAUUUUGGUAUUUUUUUACAAAUUGUUUCUGUUUAUUCUUCACCCGAUGAAGCAAGACUUCAUCGAGAUAUUAUGAAUGGAUAUGUGGUGGAGGAGAGACCUGUAAUAGAUCCAGCAUCUCCUGUCAAAGUUAGAAUAACUGUUAUCUUACAACAAAUAAUUGAUUUAAAUGAAAGAGAGGAAACAUUAACUGUUAAUGCUUGGUUAAAUUUCCUCUGGCAGGAUAUUAAUCUUCGUUGGGAUCCAUUACAAUACGGUGGUGUUCAGGAUCUUAGACAUCCAUAUGGUACAAUAUGGCAUCCUGAUAUCAUACUAUAUAAUUCUGUUGACUCUUCUAUUGAUUCAACUUUUAAAGUUAAUCUUAUUUCAUAUUAUGAUGGUAAUAUAACAUGGAUACCACCUGGAAUAUUUAAAAUUUCAUGUAAAUUUAAUAUUUAUUGGUAUCCUUUUGAUGAACAGAUAUGUUUUUUUAAAUUUGGAUCAUGGAGUUUUCAUGGUGCACAACUUGAUCUUAUUGAGGGUGAUUUUGAUUUAUCUGAAUAUAUGUUAAAUGGUGAAUGGAUUAUUAUUAAAAGUUGGGUUAAAAAAACUGUUAAACAAUAUGAUUGUUGUGAAGAAAAAUAUCCAGAUCUUCAAUUUUUUAUACAUCUUAGAAGAAGAACAUUAUAUUAUGCUUUUAAUCUUCUAAUGCCAUGUGCAUUAGUUAUGCUUCUUGUUAUGUUAGGAUUUACUUUAUCACCAAAUACCUGUGAAAAAGUUGGUCUACAAAUAUCAGCAUCUUUAGCUGUAACUAUUUUUUUAACAAUGCUUUCUGAAGUAACACCACAAACAUCUGAAGCUGUACCAUUAUUAGGUGUCUUUUUUGAAACAUGUUUAAUUAUAUGUAUUUUUGCUACCUCAUUUACUGUUUAUGUACAAUCAUUACAUUUUCGUAAUCAAGAUUCACACAAAAGAAUGGGUUUUUGGAUGAGAUAUAUUCUUUUAGAAUGGAUGCCUUAUUUACUUUUUAUUAAACAUCCACGAAGAGAAAAUAAUAUAAAAACAUUGAAAAAAACAUGGGCAGAAAGAAAGAAAUAUGAAACUGAUAUAAGAACAGCAUUUGUAUAUAAUGAUGAUACAUGUCGAGUGAUGACAACAUUAGGGACAGUAUUAGAAGAAAAUUUUGAUCAUGUAAUAAUGAAUAUCAAACAAAUUUCAAAUGAAGAAGAUCAACAAUUGGUACAUCAAUUAAAAACAUUAGAUCAUAUAUAUAAACAUGUAAAGAUCAUUCGUCAAAAUAAUGAUGAUGAAGUAGAAGGAUCGAGGAUACGUUAUGAAUGGCAGUUUGCAGCAAUGAUUGUGGAUAGAUUAGGUUUAAUCAUUUGCACAAUCGUCACUUUAGGAACAACUUUAACAAUACUCCUACGGGCACCUUAUCUUUUUGCUUAA